GACACACAAAGAGCCGGAGAUGGGGAAGAAAAGUCGCCUAACGGGAGGAACGGUCGGUCGGAGAACGAUACUACAGCUAUCUCCUCCUGGGAGCCGCAGUGGGAAUGCAGGAGAGAGAGAAGAAGCGGCCUCGGGAUCCGACGAUGAACAAGACGGUGAUGGACACAGAUUUGUGAGACACACAAACAUGAAGGCACCGGCAGUAAAGGCUACAGAGGGUCUGUCCUUGCUUGGAGCCUAUGAGGAUAGUGAUGAAGAAGAUGCUGGAGACCGUGCAACUACAAAUUCUCAACACAACCAGUCAGCUGACAUUGACAGCACACUGGCCAAUUUUAUGGCUGAAAUUGAUGCUAUCACAACUCAGCCAACUGCAGAUGAUGCGACGUCUCUUCCCUCAGCUACGAAUGCCACCCCACCCAGACCGGAUGCUAACGCUCAGCAGCCGCCUGCCGUCGAAGGACAGAACCAACAAAGCACAGAGUUUGAGUACAAUACUCAGUACUCAUUAGCUGGAGUGGGUGUAGAGAUGGGAGACUGGCAGGAGGUAUGGGACGAGAACUCUGGCUGCUACUACUACUGGAACACAACAACCAAUGAGGUGUCCUGGGAGCUGCCACACUACUUAGCUGAUCAAGUGCAAAGCCUGGAACGUUAUUCUAACAGCUCUAGUGUCAAUGGCAAUGGCACAGCCCAUGCGGGUUAUUACACAGAGGAAGCAGCUGCUGCCCCUGCUGCUGCUGCUGCUGCUGCUGCUGCUGCUGCUGCUGCUGCUGCUGCUGCUGCUGCCAGUGCAGCCCCAACAGCAGCUAAAGAGACCAAAGCAAAGGAGGUUAUUGAGAGCGUUGUCGGCCUCACGAGUGAAGAGGAGGAGCGUCGGGGAGUGGCUGCCUCUCUUCUUGGCCCUCUGAUCCCGUCUGAAGUGAAAGAAGCAGAAGAAAAAUGGAGAAAAAGACUGCUUAAAAGUGUGGACGAGACUGACAACAGUUUGGAUUCUGAUGGAGAGGGUGUCCGGCCUGCAGGAUCCCCCUCUACACCCCUUCGGGAUUCAGACCAGGCCCCCAGCGUGCAGAAGGAUCAGUGCACCAAGAAGCAGUCUGGAGACAACUCGGAAGCUGAAGAAGAGACAGAGGAGGACACAAUGGAGCUGGAACUGGCUCUGGAGAGGAAAAAGGCUGAGCUCCGGGCUCUGGAGGAGGGCGAUGUGAGCGCUGGGGGCUCCAGUCCUUGUUCUGAGACUAGCCAAGAAGCCGCUGCUUCUCGUGGUGUCCUGCUGAAGAAGAACCGGUGGAAGACCGCCUUCCCUUGUGUUCCUAGCCCCGACUCUAACAGCAGAAGCUCAGACCUACUUGACAACACAGAGACGGCGCUUCCUAAAGUCUUAGAAAGUGUUGAGGACGGCGAGAACAAGGAAGUGGACAGUUCUGAGGACAAAACGGUUUCACAACCUCCUGCAAAAGAAGAUGGGGACACAGCUGAGCUCAAAGUGGAAACACCUGAGCUCAAGUUUCAGAUUGGAGAACUGGCCAACACCUUAACCAGCAAGAUGGAGUUCCUGGGAAUAAACAAAAAGGCGAUCUCAAACUUUCAGUUGCUUCUGCUACAAACUGAGACUCGGAUUGCUGACUGGAGGGAAGGCGCUCUGAAUGGGGUCUAUCUUCGCCGCAGGCUGCAGGAAGCUGCCGAACACAUAAAAUAUUACGAACUUAACGCCGCCCCUAAAGGCUGGUCCUGCCACUGGGACAGAGAGCACAGGCGAUACUUCUAUGUGAAGGACCGGACUGGUGCCUCCCAGUGGGAUUUCCCAACAGAGGAUGACAAGGAGGAGGACCUGAAAAGCAGCCAAGGUACCCAGACACAGACUUCAAGCCAAGGGGAGCCCAAAGCACCAUCUCCAUCUGCUGGUGGAGUCACAGCGCCACCACCACCUCCUCAACCCAGUGCACCCUCCUUCUGGUCCCCAUCCCAACCUCCACUCCCUGACAGCCCUCCUCCCCCUUCCAACUGCCCCCCGCCUCCGCCUCUGCCCCCAGACUCUCCGCCGCCCCCUCCUCCCCCUCCUGACAGUGACGGAGAGAUCAUGGAGGUGGAAAUGGAGAUGGAUGACGAUAAUGACGAGGAGCCUCCAGCCCCUGGAACAGAGGAAGACGGCAGCGGGAGGCCGCCAUUGCCCCCUGGCACCGCCGGCACAAAGAUUUUUGAGUCGUCGGGUCCCUUGGGGAAGGGUCAGAAACGAAAGGCUGGUCAGAUGAAUAAAUCCAUUACUAUUGGCAGCAGUCCCAUUCUCUACACCCAGGCAGCAGCCAGUGCAGCCCCUCUAAUGUCAGCAGCUGCCUACUGGGGUGUGCCGGCUGUCGUUGCCCCUCUGGUCCCUUGUGAACCUCCCGCCCCACCUGUCCCAGCCCUGCCUCCUCAACCGCCACUGCCACCAUCCCAGCCACCCUUCGAACCUCCUUCAGCCAAAGCUUUGCCCAUAGACAAGACCAAGAAAGCCAAAAAAGACAAGUCAAAGAAGAGUAAGACCAAAAUGCCUUCGCUGGUGAAGAAGUGGCAGAGCAUCCAGAAAGAGCUGGAUGAGGAAGAGAAGAGCAGCUCCAGUGAUGAAGACAGAGAGCAGCUCAACAAGAAGAGUAUUGAGGAGUGGAAGCAGCAGCAACUCGUCACAGGAAAAGCUUCAAAGAAUGCCAACUUUGAGGCACUUCCCGCAGACUGGAGGGAACGCCUGAAGAAGCGGAAGAUGAACAGCACGUAACACCCAGCCUGGGUCCUACCCCACCCAGACAGUGUUUUUAAACCCACUCCAAGCAUUGCCAUCAGGUCAUCCUCCCCAGCUUAACUUUAGUUUAGAGAUCAGUGGACUUACUGCGUUCAUGAUGGAGACAUUUAAAAGCCCUUACAUGGCAGGCCAUUCUCACAGAAGGGUUUGAAUGUCCUUUUUCUUUUUUUUGUAGCCACGACUGUAAAUGUGCCAAAUGUCUUGAGUUAAUCAGUUUAUUGAUAUUUCGCUACCAUUUUGUAUGGACCCAUGUAGAUGACCACCACAGUUUGUUUGGCGGGACUGUUUAUUUUAUUGAGCCUUUUUACAACUCUGUAAAUAGACUGUAUAACAGGAAAAGCCAUGUUUGUGAAAAGGGAGGGUGUGUCAGUGAACUGUAUAUUUUGUAAAAAGUUAUUAAAAAGUUUUUCCAAAGCUA